CGGUGGGAGCUACUGCUGACAGAAGACCGCACACUUUAGCAGACACUUCCAUCUCGUCACCAGUGGGGGGUGUUCACCCGCCCGUCGCUUCUGGUGGUCCGGUGUCACCAGUCGCGGAGACGAUGAAAUCCAGCAUCGCCUCUCCUGGCGUCCAUGCGGCCUUCACAGGGCCCAACUACUCACCUGAUGCUACUCCAAGUCCGCCUCCUGCACCUCAUCAUGAACAACAACCAAAGACAGAAUGGGACGCAAGUCCUAGUGUACAGAUUCCAGGAGGUCCACUGUCUGUCAGCGCACCUUCGAACGGCGUGCACCCCCCUACUGCUGGGCCGACCGCUUCUGUCGCGGCCCCGAGCCCCCAGAACACAUCGAGCCCUGCAGUGUCAUCAUCCAGCGCUCCGCCGCAGCCGGUGCCAGCGGCGGCUCCUGUUGCGGGAUAUGAUGAUCACAAGCCGGAUACCACAAUGCAGUCUGCUGAGGCGUCACCAUUGGCGUCACCGCCGAGCAAUGGGGUUCCCGCGGCUUUCGCUCAACCGGCCCGGUUCCGCCCAGCACCAAAGAGAAUGCCUCAGGCACGGAGACAACGACCUCAUCCAGUUCAGGGAGCAACAGAUCCUUUCGCGUCAUUGAUGCAAGUGACGGGUACCGCUGGAGGCCCUGCCAGGGUACAGAACAAGGCGUAUAGUGGUCCACCACCACCACAGUAGAAGCCGAUACCGUCUGAUGGCGCUGGGGAUGUAUGUUGAAUGGAGGCGUUAAUGAAGGUCUCUGCUAGCCGCACUGAGCCACGUGUGGCCAGCUGUGCUGGUUGCCGUAUCGUCUUCAGUGAUAUAGCC